CCUGCAAUUUUCUGCAGUUUGCAACAGUUCCAACCUAAGAUAGAUGGAAAUCGGUGGAGCAAUUCCGGUUCAGGAAACUGGAUCCGGAUUUCAAAAACCCGUCAAACCAGAUGGGUUUGUGACGAUCGAUGUUGAGAGUUUCUCUCCUGUUCUGCACACAGACUUCUUUUCUUCUAGUCCCCUGCAUAGAAGUGUUUCAAGGAAAGGGUCUUCAAGAAACAACAACGAAAGGAAACUUCAUGGUGACUCAAAUAGUAAUGACAAAGAGACCUCGUUUCCUCAGAUUCCACUUAGAGGGUCAAGCGCGCCGGAAAAGCCGAGCACUGUUGGGCCCAUUGAUCAUGCAGGCACGGUUACAACUGCAAACACCGCUGUUCCAUCCUCGCCGCUUCAUCAGAUAACCAUUACUACAUCUGCCGCCACCGCUGGAAAUAUGAUCUCCGAUCAAAAUAAAGAAAGACGAUUUGGUUUUGCAAGAAAGUCGAGUUUUAAACGCUCUCACACUUCUUGGAUGCUAAAUCCCAAGAAAAUCCUCCUCUUCUGUGCAACUUUGUCAAGCAUGGGAUCAAUCUUGUUAAUCAUAUUUACUCUCUCGAUCAGCAAGUCUAAUCCAGGAGAUAUGCCUCUAGACUAAUAGUGACCGUCCUCAGUUUGUGGCUAUAGAGCAUGCGAUAAUCUCACCGACCUAUAUUUAUAAAAACGAAGAGCGUAAUGUUGUGACAAUAUAUAUUUUGUUAUAUUUUAUAAUAAAAAUGAAAAAAAAAAGAUAGCAAGACACAGAAAGUGCAUGGGGAGUGGGCACGCCGCACGCACGAGACCAUUUAAGAAGAUUGGAAAAGAAAGCUUUAAGACAAGAGUUUAUGAGCAUUGUGACAAAGACAGAGAAUCUUCUCUUCUUUUCCUUUUCUUUGUUUUUAAAUUUUAUUUAGUAUGUGUUUUUCAGUUUUGGUGUAUUUCUUUUUAUGUAUAUGUAUAUCAGUUGGCAUGAGCUUUUUAAGUUUCGGUUUGGGUUCACUUAUAGAAAUUUCGAGCCGUGUUAGAAUUGAAUGGUAAUGUAUGGACCAUCUUUAACAAAUAGAACCUACACAAGCGUGGAGCAUUUAAAGAGUCUCCGCAUGCUAUUCACGUAAGCUAUACCAUAUUAGGUGUCUUUAAGUAUUUGAAACAUAAAGUAACAUUUCCCUUUCUUAGACCAGAUUAAACAUAAAGUAUAUACAUUAUAUAAAACAUUUUCAAUUUUGGUGAUAACAACCAAAGCUAAAACGUGGUUUCAAAAAGUUUGAUGUUGAAAUGCUGCCAAUCAAGUACAAAACUCCUAUACAAGUUAAGGUGUGGAUUUUACGGUAAUAAAUGGGGAGGGCGAUGGAUAGUACAGAUAUUUGCAGUUGUUGAUCACAGCUGAUAUGGUAAAAAUAAUCAGACUUUUAAAGAGAAAAAGACUAUUUAUAUAUACUUUAACCACUUAGUUAUUUUAGUUGCUGUAAUUUUUAUUGGUUUAAGCUUGGAGUUAGCUUGAAACACAAGGUAUCCUAAUCCUAACUUGUUAUGUUUAUCUAAAGGGAUUAGGAAAUAUUGGAAGUGUUAUUUCUAUUAGGAUUAGAAGUUAUCUAUUUUUAUAUAUAUUGAUGGAUAUGUUGUUGAAUCAAUCACACAAAUUGUGUGAGUGAUUGGCUUUGGCUUUGAAAUUAUUUUGCUAAAACUUUGAGUGAUUAAUAAGAGAAGAACUUCUUGUUAAAGUGAUUGAGAUUCUAUAAUUGGUAUCAGAACUAACUAUUGAAAGCUAAAUCGUGAGUAACCGACCUUACCGAGAAGACGACCAUGGCUGAUGUGAAAGAUGAAACCGAGACAAGCAACAAAGAAGCGGGACCUUCGUCCAUCAAGUUUCCAAUGCUAACUUCUUCAAACUACACUGUUUGAGCUAUGAGGAUGAAAAUCACCCUCAAGGUUAACAAAGUUUGAGAAACCAUUGACCUUGGCAGUAAGCAUGAAGAGAAGAAUAAUAUGGUUAUCGUCUUAAUCUUUCAAUCUAUACCGGAGGCAUUGACGCUGUAAGUGGGAAACCUCGACACAGCCAAAUCCGUCUGGGACGCGAUUCAAGUUCGCCACGUUGGAGCCUAAAGAGUACGAGAGGCACGACUACAAAUAUGAAUGGCAGAUUUUGAUAAGCUCAAGUUGAAGGAAGAAGAUAGCAUCGAUACCUUCAUCGGCAAGCUAACUGAAAUCUCGUCAAAAUCAGCUUCUCAAGGAGAAAACAUAGAAGAGCCAAAUUUUGUCAAGAAAUUCUUGAAAAGUUUGCCAAGGAAAAAUUACAUACACAUGGGUGCAUCUUUUGAACAAGUUUUCGAUCUUAAUACAACUAGUUUUGAAGAUUAAUCGGAAGAUUAAAGGCGUAUGAGGAGAGAAUAAGCGAGGAAGAAUCAAAACAUCAUGGUGAUCAUGAAAAACUGAUGUAUGCUAGUGAAUCCCAGCAAGAGAGCUAUGCAAAUAUAGGAAGAGGACGUGGUGUACGAGGCAACUGGAAAGGAGGAAGAGGCCGAGGACAUGUAGGAGGAUUCUUUGCACAAAAGGAAGCUUGGAAACAGAGAUAAGAGUCACAUUAGAUGCUUCAACUAUGAUAAACUCGGACAUUAUGCAUCUGAUUGCCCCAACAAAUUGCUUAAAUUACAAGAAACUGUUGAGAAGAAGGAAGAAGAUACACAAGAAGCAUAUAAAUUAAUGAUGCACGAAGUGGUGUAACUUAAUGAGAAGAAGGUGAAACCGAGUGACUUUGAGAUCAAAGGAGACAUGGAGAAUGUGUGGUACUUUGACAAUGGAACAAGCAAUCACAUGAGUGGAAACCGAAAGUUUUUCUAUAAACUUGAGGAAGAAGUUACAAGGAAGGUACGAUCCGGAUAAGAUUCCCGUAUUGAUAUCAAAGGAAAAAGCUCAAUAAGGUUCAUCUUAGAUGGAGGAGAGAAGAAAACGUUGAGCAAUGUCUACUACAUACCUAGAUUACAGAGCAACAUUGUGAGCUUAGGACAAGCUACCAAAUUUGGAUGCAAGGUAAGUAUGAAGAAUGAUGUACUCAUUCUCUUUGAUCGAACAUGGUAUCUAAUGAUUAAGACCUCAAGAUCAAAGAACCAUUGGUAUAAAGUGAGCCUGCAAGCAGAGAUUAUCAAAUGUUUACAAAUUGCAACAACUACUGAAUCAUCGAGAUGGCAUGUAAGGCUUGGACACAUUAGUACUGAGACAAUAAAGGCAAUGAUAAGCAAGGAGCUGGUGGUCGCAUACCUGAUAUAGUUAUCAAGAAGGAAACAUGUGUAUCGUGCUUGCUUGGGAAGCAAACACAGAAAUCAUUCCGACAAGUUACCUCAUAUAGAGCUGCACAUCCUCUUGAACUUGUUCAUGGAGACCUUUGUGGGCCUAUAACUCCUACCACACCUGGAAAGAAGCGCUACGUGUUUGUGUUAAUUGACGACUUCUCAAGAUACAUGUGGACCGUGUUACUUAAGGAGAAGAGUGAGGCUUAAGCAAAUUCAAAGCAUUCAAAAGGCUUGCAGAACAAGAAAUAUGGGUGACAGUGAAAACGUUUCGAUCAGACAGAGGAGGAGAGUUCACGUCUGAUGAGUUUGAUAGCUACUACAAGGCGAAUGGGAUGAACAGAAAUAUGACAGCUCCGAAUUCUCCACAGCAAAACGGAAUUGUCGAACGACAAAAUCGUAUUUUACUUGAGAUGACCAGAAAUUUGUUGAAACACAUGACCGUACCAAAUACGUUGUUGGGAGAAGCGGCCAGGCAUGCCACCUAUCUACUCAAGAUAUUCGCUACAAGAUCUUUCCUUGGACAGACACCGUACGAAGCUUUGCGACACAAGAAACCAAACAUCGAUCAUCUUAAGGUCUUCAGAUGCGUCUGUUAUGCAAGAACAAAGAUCGCAUGUAGAAAGAAGCUUGAUGAUCGAUCAAAAAUCCUGGUGCAUUUUGGGACUGAGCCUGGUUCGAAGGCAUAUAGACAGUUUGAUCCUUCGAACAAGAAGAUAGUGGUGAGCCGCGACGUAUACUUCAAAGAAGAAAAGCAAUGGCACUGGAACGAUAAAGAUGGAACAAAACCAAAGCAGAGUUCGUUUGAAAUCGAUCUAAUACCUUUAAAGGGUACUGAUGAUUACUCUAAAACUCAGGAUGAUAGUGAGAAUGAAGACGAUGAAGAAGAAGUGACCAAUGAAGAUGAUGAUGAUGACGAAGAAUAUGGAGAUGACUCACCACGACCUAACUUAAGAAGAUCAAAUAGAGUGAGCACAAAGCCUUCAUACUUGGACGAGUACAUCCUCUUGGCUGAAGUGGAGUGUGAAACACUCUUGAUGAUCGUUAACAACGAACUGUGGGACUACAAUGAGGCUAAAGACCUAAAGAUUUGGGUGGAUGCAUGUAAAGAAGAGCUAAACUCGAUCGAGAAGAAUAACACUUAGAUCUUAGCUGAUCCACCAAAAGGUGUUAAGCCUACUGGACUUAAGUGGGUAUUCAAAAUAAAGAGGAACACAUAUGGAAGCAUAAGCAAAUACAAAUCACGUCAAGUGGCGAAGGGGUACGUUCAACGGCAUGGUAUUGAUUAUGAUGAAGUCUUCGCACAGUAGCUCGUGUCGAGACUAUUACAAUGAUCAUCACAAUUUUGGCAUCUAAAGGAUGGCCUAUCCACCAUCUGAACAUAAAAACGGCCUUAUUACAUGGAGAGUUAAAAGAAGAGGUUUACAUUACUCAGCCCGAAGGGUUUAUGAUCAACGGCAAAGAAGAUAAAGUCUAUAAGUUACACCAAAGCUCUCUACGGCUUGAGACAGGCACCGAGGUCUUGGAAUGUUAACUCAAUCGAAUCUUGAAGGAUCUUGGCUUCACCCGUUGAGAGAGAGAGUACAGGAGGAGUGUUGGGUGUCUUCGAUAUCUAUUACAUACAAGACCUGAUCUAUCUUUCAGUGCUGGUGCGCUUAGUAGGUAUAUGCAAGAGCCUAAAAAGUCUCACGGAGCAGCCUUGAAGCAAGUUCUGAGGUAAGCAAGUUCUGAGGUACUUUCGCAGUACUACUUCUUUUGGCCUACGUUGUGGACGAUCUGAACGUCAAAGAUUGAUAAGCUUUAGUGAUAGUUCUCACAAUGUUGAUUUUGAUGAUGGCAAGAGUACGACCGGACAUGUCUUCUAUCUUGGUGAUAGUUCUAUAUAUAACUUGAUGUUCUGAAAAACAAGAGAUCAUGGCUUUACCAUCAUGUGAAGCGGAGAUUAUGGCUGCUACUGAAGCUGCAAAGCAAGCAAUUUGGCUCUAGGAGCUCUUAAGUGAAGUCGUAGGAGAUGUUUGCGAGAAGGUGAUCAUACGAGAUUACGAUUGAUAACAAAUCAGCGAUUGCACUCACUAAAAAUCUUGUUUUCCAUGGACGAAGUAAACACAUCCACAUGAGGUUUCACUUUAUACGAGAAUGUGUUGAGAAUAAUCAAGUUAAAGUAGAGCAUGUUCCGGGAACUGAACAAAGAGCUGAUAUACUUACAAAGUCGCUUAGCUGAGUUCGAUUCAAGGAGAUGAGGGAACUUGUUGGAGUCCAAGUCAUGUGUGAAAAUAAAAUCAAGCUCAAGGGGAAGAAUGUUGGUUUAAGCUUGGAGUUAGCUUGAAACACAAGUUGUCUUAAUCCUAACUUGUUAUGUUUAUCUAAAAGGAUUAGGAAAUAUUGGAAGUGUUAUUUCUAUUAGCUUUGAGUGAUUAAUAAGAGAAUAAUUUCUUAUUAAAGUGAUUAAGAUUCUAUAAUUUUGUCAUUGGUCAAGCCACAACCAACUUUUCUUGACUAACCAGACUGCUCGAACUACUUCAUAUUACUAGCAUGCACAUCUAAUAUUUAAAUAAUUUACUGUUUCAUCAUAUUAGAUAUGAUACAUUGCAUAUCAUUGAAUGGAAAACCUGAAUAGAGUUACUAUACUACAGACAAAUGUAUAUUUUACGAAUUUGCAUUGGUGUCCAUUAUGUCAUAGUAUCCGAAUUUAAACCCAACAGUAUGCAUAUAUGAAUUGUAGACCAUAAAAAGUAAUACACCUGUUACAUAUCCAAUUGUUAUGAGUUUAUAAGUUUAUAGUUAUUAAUUUGAUAGUUAAUUAGUUGAAACUUUCAUUUAUCACAUAAUUUGUUCUAUUUCUCUAUAGUUUUGUGGAGAAACAAGAUACUGAUUCAAUUCUCUUUCAGCCUGGGCUAGCAAAUAUAUUUCUAUGGACAUUAGCUUGACCCAUACAUAAUAUAUGGUUAUUAUAAAAUGUAUAAAUGGGCUCUAUUGCUUUGUCUCUCAUCGUAAAGCCUCAGAACCACUGCCGCAGUUUACUCGAUUGCUCUUUCUGUCACUUCUUCAAAACAAAACAAUUCAAUUUAUUUUUCUUCAUCAAAUAUUUUGUAGUAUCAAAACAAUAUUUAGUCUUACGGAACGUUUAAUACGAUUUUUUCUUCUUGAGAUAUAUUUUUUCUUCAACAAGACUCAAACUGGCCAAACCUUAACCAACCACUUAAAUAAGAAUUUGGACUUCUGUUGAACUUUUAUAUCAGAUUAAUAUUCCCUAUAUUUUAUUUUAAAUGUCGUUUUAUUUACACAUACAAAUUAAAAAAUAUUUACUUUUUUAAAUAUUUUUCAAUAAAAAUAUCACUAAUUAUAUACACUUAAUCAUAAAUCAACCAAUAAAAAAAAAUAGAGAAUAUAAAGAGUCAUAUAACAUACAAAAUUAAUAAAAUUUGCAAUAAAAUUUGAAAAUGUCAUAUA